CGCAGUGCCGGCGAGUGGGCGGGACCGGUGGUUGGCGGCGUUUGGCGCGUCCGGGGAGGCGGCUGCACGUGCGGGCGGGGGCGAUGCGUCACUGAUCGGAGGAACAAGGAUGAAUAUGACUCAAGCCCGGGUUCUGGUGGCUGCAGUGGUGGGGCUUGUAGUUGUUCUCCUCUACGCCUCCAUCCACAAGAUCGAGGAAGGACAUCUGGCAGUGUACUACAGGGGAGGAGCUUUACUAACUAGCCCCAGUGGACCAGGCUAUCAUAUCAUGUUGCCUUUCAUUACUACAUUCAGAUCUGUACAGACAACUCUACAAACUGAUGAAGUUAAAAAUGUGCCUUGUGGAACAAGUGGUGGGGUCAUGAUCUAUAUUGACCGAAUAGAAGUGGUUAACAUGUUGGCUCCUUAUGCAGUGUUUGAUAUCGUGAGGAACUACACUGCAGAUUAUGACAAGACCUUAAUCUUCAAUAAAAUCCACCAUGAGCUGAAUCAAUUUUGCAGUGCCCAUACACUUCAAGAAGUUUACAUUGAAUUAUUUGAUCAAAUAGAUGAAAACCUGAAGCAAGCACUACAGAAAGAUUUAAAUGUCAUGGCCCCAGGUCUCACUAUACAGGCUGUGCGUGUUACAAAACCUAAAAUACCAGAAGCCAUAAGAAGAAAUUUUGAGUUAAUGGAGGCUGAGAAGACUAAACUUCUUAUAGCUGCACAGAAACAAAAGGUUGUGGAGAAAGAAGCUGAGACGGAGAGGAAAAAGGCUGUUAUAGAAGCAGAGAAGAUUGCACAAGUGGCAAAAAUUCGGUUUCAGCAGAAGGUGAUGGAGAAAGAAACUGAAAAGCGCAUUUCUGAAAUUGAAGAUGCUGCAUUCCUGGCCCGAGAGAAGGCGAAAGCAGAUGCUGAGUAUUAUGCUGCACACAAAUACGCCACCUCAAACAAGCACAAGUUGACCCCGGAAUAUUUGGAGCUCAAAAAGUACCAGGCCAUUGCAUCUAACAGUAAGAUCUACUUUGGCAGCAACAUCCCUAGCAUGUUUGUGGACUCCUCUUGUGCUUUGAAGUAUUCAGAUGUUAGGACUGGAAGUGAAAGCUCCCUCCCCUCUGAGGAGGCUGUUGAACCCUCGGGAGAGAGUCCCAUCCAAAACAAGGAGAGCACAGGUUGAUGCAAGAGGUGGAAAUGUUCUCCCAUAUCAAGAUGUGUCCCAAGGGGCUAAGUGGGAACAGUGGUUAUAUGGACUCUUUGGAUUUACAGAGAAGUUGUGCUCUGUCUGUCUGGCUCUCUUGUGAAUUGUCCUGGUUUGUCAGCUGAUUGCAGGAUAGAGCCAGCUGUCUGGCACUCAAAUGGUCUUCUCAGCCACAGUUUAUCAAGUCUCCUGUAUGUAUUCCUUUCUAAACUGGUACUCAUGAAUGAGGAAAGUCUGAUGCUAAGAUACUGCCUUCACUGGAAUGUUAAACACUAAAUAUAUAACAAGCUGUGUUUUUUUAAGCUGAGAUCUAUUGAAUAAUGUUUACAUUGGUCCCCGGGGCCAUGUGUGCUCAGCCAUUCAAGAGAUAGGAGGCCAGAGAGAAGACCUCUAAGACAUGGUAAGUUAAAGAAGACUGAUUGCACCUGGGAUCCAGACUCUCUUUGGAGUCCAGUCCCAGUGUUCAUCUGGGUGAUUAACAUUCAGGCCACUGAGGUUCCCCAGGAAAUGAUCUUCCACUUGAGCAACUAUUUACUUGAUAUGAUUUGCACCUUUGUUUUCCUACAGUCAGGUUGGUGGCUUCCAGGGAUAUGCGCUUUGCCAUCCAACCAGAGAUUCCUAAUCACUUGUUUAUUGCAUUAGUAGGUUCAGAGAUAAGGAGAGUUUGGUUUAAAGUUUUGAGGGAAAUGAAACCUUUGCUCUGAACCAAAGCUCUGGGGCCCUGCAUUCCCUCCGUUGGCUGAUGACUGUGAGCAUCACUGCCCCAGGCUAUGAUGACUAAGGUGCCUGGUUUUUAACCACAGACAAUUCCUUAUAUGUCACCUCUCAGCUCUGGCUGGCCAAGAGUGAGACAGGGCUUUAACUGCACAUAGAAGCAGUGUGCAAUUUCUAGCCAUUCAUUGCACAGUAUUGUAUCAUAAUUGCAGGAAGUUUUUAUUUUUAAAACUGGAUUUGGGGUACAUUCAUUUUGCCCCAGCACUUCUGUCUAAAGGCCAAUACAUAGGGCUGCUGUGGUUACUAGCACAUUGAUUCUCCUUAAUAUUAUUCACAGAGUAUAGAACAGAGUAUCCUAUAGAAAGUAUCCUUGGUCAUCUUGGUCUCCUUCCUUCCUGGCCCUGGGAUAUUGAAAUCAAAGUUGUUUCUCCAGCUUUCACCUUCCCUAGAAGAUCAGGAUUCCACUGACUUCUUGGGCAACCAGUGAAUUUAAUUUUCCAUGAGAUGACAGAGUUAACCUGUGGCUAUAGGAGAUCUACUUCAUCUGGACCUCUUUUUUUUUUUUUAACUUCAGAUUAACUUUCUUGAAACAUUGUGCUCCAUAGUUAGACCUAAGUUUGUGAAGCUUAUUGACACUUUUUUUGUACACUAUGUUGAAGCCAGACAGAAAAGUCAUGGGACCACUUCCAGAAACCUCUCAGCUGUCAGUCUUACAGCAGCUGAUGGGUUGUGCCAAACGCUUUAUUUGGGAAAGUAAAGCCCAAAUUUGGAUGGGUCUUAUCCCUGGGCCUUAUACUCUAGAGGCAUUUAUAAUAUGGAGAAAUCAUUCUUUCAUUUUUUUGCUCAUUUAAUUCUAUAAAUUGUCUUUAUGAGUGAAUUUUUCUUUAUCCCUACUUAAAAGAACUUUUGAAUUAUAAAAAUAAAUUCUUGUCAUGUUGUCGCUGCAGAUAAAUAAUGAUUGUUGUGGGAAAUCUGGAUCCUUUACUUUUGUGCUUUCAUUCCUAGAGAUGUUUCCUAUUCCCAUAAGUGAAAAGCUAUUGCCCCAAAGUGAUGGCUGUGGGUUUUCUUACCAGCCAAAAGCCCUGAUGGCAGGGUUGAUGAAAGAGGAAGUGCCAUUGUGAAGUUUUAAAGAGAGCACUUCCAUUUAAACACCAUGGAGUGAGCUUUCCUAUGCCCACUCAGUGAGCUCUAAGUCUAGCCAUCCUUCAGGGAUGUUCCUUUUGGCAAAUAAAUAUACACUGUAAUCUUGAAGUCUAAAUUUAUAUGUGAAAUGCUACCUUUUUUAAAAUAAGAAACUAAAUAAAAUUAUUUUAGUAUCA